CUGUGCGUGUCAAGUAGUUUGGUUUUGUCGCAGAAAAAGUGAAAAUAUUCCCUGAAAUGGUUACGCUUGGGCCCAAAAAGGAUGGAGGCCCGAACGCCGAGUUCUUCACGGCUCCGGAAUCAUUGCAAGGAUUCGAAACGGUGCGACAAUGGUUGCAGAAAAACUGCAAAAAGUAUUUGGCACCGGAUCCGCCCACCAAAGAGUCAUUGGCGCAUUUAAUCGUACAGUUUGUUCAGUAUCAAGAAACGAAAUUGGGCAAGAAUUCUCAAGAACCGCCAACAACUCGUCUGCCGAUGCGUUGUUUUAUGGAUUUUAAGCCCGGGGGCUCGUUGUGUCACAUCCUUGCCACUAUGUACCGGUAUAAAGCGGAGCAGCGCUGGCGCAAGUUUGAUUUUACAGUAAACAAGAACCCAAUGCGAAAGGACCCCGUAAUACAGAUGCUGCUGGACAUGGAAACGGCUCUGAUCGAAGCCGAAUGCAUGAGGCUUCCGAUCGUGUACAUCCGACCGGAGGUGGAUAAGGCAACCGCGAAUCGUAUCACCGACAUUGUCACCAACCAUCAGGGAGAGAUGACACCGGAUGAGGAGGAAGCGACCCAUAUCGUUUAUCCAGCUGUUGACCCGCUGCCGGAGGACUACGCACGACCUACGUUCCGCCGUGAUAAGCACGUUAUGAUCCACUGGUACUAUUUUCCGGAGUCGUACGAUACAUGGGUGCCGAACACGUUCGAUUUACCGGAUAACGUGCCGGAUUGUCCGCAAUCACCCGGUGACCGUUGGCGUGUUUCUGCUUCCUGGAUCACCGAUCUGGAAGAGUACAACGAAUGGAUGGCUGAGGAAGACUACGAGGUCGAUGAAGCGGGUCGCAAGAAGAUACACAAGCACCGUUUGGGAGUGGAGGAUAUAAUGUCCGGUGGCGCCGACGAUAAGAUCAAAAAAGCCAAAGUGGUCCAUCAGAAGCGUAAACGGUCGCCAUCACCGCAGGCCAAGAGUGGUAAAAGAAAGAGUGGCCGCUCACCGGCAGUUUUUCAGAAGAAGCCCCGUGCCGACGAUGAGGAAUCGGAAGAUAUGACCAAGGAUAUGGAUGAUCCGCAACCGGAAACCAACUUAACCGAGGUAAAAGCAGGUUCGAGCAAUUCUGCUUCCGGACCGGCAACGCCGCAGCCGAAACGGGACCCGGAAAUGAUGCCACUCAAGUAUGCAACCAUGACUGACCUGGACGACGAUAUUGACAGAGCGAAUGCCGAACGUGGCGGUGGGGAUGACAGUCAAGCUGGCAAAACUAGCGAUAACAGCAAUACUCAAGAGUUCCCCCACGGAAAAGAUGAUCUGGAAGAUAAUGUCACGGAACAAACGCACCAUAUAAUAGUUCCGUCGUAUUCCGCAUGGUUUGAUUACAAUUCUAUCCACGUGGUAGAAAAACGCGCUCUGCCGGAAUUCUUUAACGGAAAAAACAAAUCCAAAACCCCGGAAAUCUUUCUUGCUUAUCGUAAUUUCAUGAUCGAUACCUACCGUUUGAAUCCGACGGAGUAUUUAACCAGCACUGCUUGUCGUCGCAAUUUGGCCGGUGAUGUUUGCGCUAUAAUGCGAGUGCAUGCUUUUCUCGAGCAAUGGGGUCUGAUAAACUAUCAGAUCGACGCGGAAUCCCGUCCCACUCCAAUGGGUCCUCCACCGACAUCACACUUCCACGUGUUGAGCGAUACCCCAUCGGGACUGCAGCCGCUGAAUCCUCCGAAAACAGCGCAACCAUCGGCAGCGAAGAAUUUGCUCGAUUUGGACAAAAAGAUCGACAAGAAAGAAGACUCCCCAGCCGGCGCUGGAAGUGGUCUAGUGCCCGGUGGACCGUUAUCCGGUCUGGGCACUGAUCCCAUUAAAUCCGAACCGGGAACGGUUGGGUCCGAUCCGAGCGGUCAAUUUGGUCUUCGGUUGGAUCAGUAUGCUAAAAAACCGUCGGCUAUGCGACAUAAAACGGCCGCUAGUAUGUCUCGUGAUUGGACGGACCAGGAAACUUUGCUACUCCUGGAAGGGUUGGAAAUGUAUAAGGAUGAUUGGAAUAAGGUUUGCGAACACGUCGGUUCCCGCACGCAGGAUGAAUGUAUACUGCAUUUCCUUCGACUGCCAAUCGAGGAUCCUUACCUGGAAGAUGAUAACACCUAUUUGGGACCACUUUCGUAUCAACCGAUUCCUUUCAGCAAAGCGGGCAAUCCUAUUAUGUCGACUGUAGCAUUUUUGGCAUCGGUUGUAGAUCCCAGAAUUGCAGCAAGUGCCGCAAAGGCUGCCAUGGAAGAGUUUGCCGCUAUCAAGGAUGAGGUUCCGGCUUCGAUGAUGGAUGCUCAUUUGAAAAAUGUUGAAAAAACCAGUUUUGGGGGCAAAUUUGAUCCCUAUGCUGGGCUGGCAACUAGCGGCAUAGCCGGUACUGGACCGGAUAAAGAUAAGGAAGAAGACGAUGGCAAAACUGGUGGAAGUUCAGGUGGUACUGCACCGGCCACGCCUGGUUCGGCUGACGUUGAGAUGAAGGACGUGUCCAAGAAGGACGACGGAACAGAUGCGGCGAAAUUAGCCGAAGGAGCCGAUGCUGAUAAGAGCAAGGAGAAAGAUGCAACUUGCACCGAAGUGGCUAAGGAGAAUGGCGAUCCGAAAGUUUUCAACGAAGGCAACCUGCAGGCGGCAGCUGCCGCUGCUCUAGCAGCCGCCGCCGUGAAGGCAAAACACCUUGCUGCCGUGGAAGAACGCAAAAUUAAGAGUCUGGUGGCUUUGCUGGUCGAAACACAAAUGAAAAAGUUGGAGAUUAAGCUGCGGCAUUUCGAAGAGCUUGAAACAACCAUGGAACGCGAGCGAGAGGGAUUGGAGUAUCAAAGGCAACAGCUCAUUCAGGAACGUCAGCAGUUUCAUUUGGAACAGUUGAAGGCCGCUGAAUUUCGGGCACGUCAGCAGGCGCAUCAACGCUUCCAGCUAGAACAAGGCCAGUGGCAGCAACCGCCAGUAGGCGGAUCUCCUGGAGUUCCACCGCCUGGCGUGGUACCACCAGCACAACAGCAACCGCAGGGACUUCCCCAAGGACCGCCAGGGCCAAGCCAGGGAUCGGUUCCCACCCCUGGAUCUAACCCUCCACAGCCGCCCUCAAUGCCAUCUUCCGGUGGACAUCUUGGGGUACCUGUACCGAGCAACAGCAGCACUCCCAGCAGCAACGGACUUAUCUCAGCUCCCCCUACAUCGAUGCCUACCGACGGUUCUACUCCAAAUAGCACAAUGCCCCCAGCAGGGCCUGGCCAGCUAGCCUCUUCGCAGCAUAUCCAGGGUCCACCGGUAUCGCAGCAUCAACAGAUGCCUCCACAUCCGGGACAUCCCGCAGGCGGUCCCAUGCCAGGGGUGCCAGUUUCGCAUCACCAACCGCAGAAUCCACAUCUUUCGCAGCCGCCGCCGCCGCAGCAGCAGCAGCAGCCGCCACAGCAGGCCCCUCUGCCACCCACACAAGGACCACCACCGCCACCGGUCGGCCCAGGAAGCGUUCCGCCCCAGGGCCCUCCCGGGCAAGCGCCAUCCGCUGGCAGCGGUCACAUUCCUCCUUCUACGUAAAUCACUAAUAAUUUCAUUACAUCAGAAUUAUAUAGGCGCAGAAUGGAAGACCGUAUACUAGUGCGGUACUUGUAGGUAAGCUUCGAAACAUUUACAAUAUGACACGCACUAAAAAGUUUCAAAUUUUUGGGUUUAACUAUGUGUUAGAAAUUUUACCUUAUCUAAGCUAAAAAAAAAACUACUGUCGUAUCGACGUUUUCUCAAUUUAGUGGAUGAGAAAUCAUCUUAAGCAGGCGAAAAUGCUGAAAGUUAAAUUAUGUCAUGCAAAAAUAUACAAACCCACUUCGGGUGGCAACUAGUUGGCGGCAAUUGGUUUAGUGUGGAAUCAUCUUCGGAACCGAUAUUUUCGACUACAUUUCACAGAUGACCUAUUUAAACUCAAUAGAUGUAUUUAGUUUUAAAAUCGUACCACAAAUCAUUAAUAUAGUUUUUUUA